AAACAUCACAGAUUACACCUGGGCAUUUGUAUGAGUACAAAAAGCAGCGUUCCUUCCGGCAUCCAAACCAACACGUCUCCUGUUUUUGAAGAGCGGGUGUCAGACUGAAUAUAGAGGCACCAUUCUUGGUCUGUAACCGAGGGGGGAAAGCAGCUCACCUUUGGAUUUGUGGAGAUCGGCCAAGUUUAUUCCUUCAGAUAAGCCAACACUCGAAGAAAAAGAUGUCUGUCUACAAAUGUUUGAAGUUAAUACUGUUCGCCUUUAAUUUCAUCAUCUUUCUUGGAGGUGGUUCGAUCUUGGGAAUAGGAAUCUGGAUUAAAGUGGAUGGUGGGAUGUUCCUUGAGCUGCUGCAGAAGGUGUCGGCAUCCCUGAAGGUGGUGGCCAAUGUGGGGUAUCUGUGCAUUGCUCUCGGUGCCUUCCUGAUGCUCAUCGGCUUCCUGGGAUGCUGCGGAGCAUUGAAAGAAAACAAGUGCAUGCUUAUGAUAUUUUUCCUGUUAAUUCUGGUGAUCUUCCUCGCUCAGCUUGUGGCUGGCGUGGUUAUUCUGGCAUUUUCCAGUUUGGCUGACAUCUUCAUGGCUUACGUUGAGACUUGGCUAAUGAACUUUGUUAAAAAUGAUUAUGGUCGCACUGAUGCAGUGACGGAAACAUUUGAUGCCGUGAUGAAGCAGUUCAAGUGUUGCGGAAUCCAUGGCUACGCCGACUUUACAGGCUCACAUUUCUUCAUUAAUGAAAAACGCUAUCCUGAUGAAUGCUGCCCAGUGAACGUAUUGAACCUUCCUUGCAUAUUGCCCAUUCAAUCGCAGGGUUGCUAUGCGGUAUUCCUGAAAUUUUUAAAGAGUAACACUAUGAUACUUGGGAUAGUUGCCGUGGCAAUUGGCGUGCUCGAGAUCGGAGCAAUGGCUUCAUCCAUGAUAAUGUACUGUGAAAUCAAGAAACAGUCAAGUGUUGCAUGAAGAUGGGGAAGCCCGUGCUUGUAACACCAUUUUAUUCAUCAUAAGUGUCCUUCUAUAAAUUGGAUCUUAAGUAAAGAGAGGUUAUUGGUAAUAAAUGAAAUAUUUUUCAUCACUAUCAACAUGUAGCAUGCACAAAGGGCAUGAGUGAGGCAGAAAUGUGGCUGCUUAUUACUAUCAUUUCAUCAUUCCCACCACUUAACCAACAAUAAAUUAAUUCACCGUCUCGUUUCUUAAUCUACUGCAGAUCACCAUAAAUAUACAUUUUUUGUACACCAUUUGCAUUCAAAUGUUUUGAGGCAGGUACUAUAACACCACUUAAAAGGCAUUUGGACAGGUACAUGGAUAGGGUAGGUUUAGAGGGAUAUGGGCCAAACGCAGGAGGGUGGGACCAGUGUAGAUGGGUCAUCUUGGUUGGUAGGGGCAAGUUUGGCCGAAGAUGUUUCCAUGCUGUACGAUUCUAUGACUCUUUGGUAGACACAAAAAGCUGCAGUAAAGGGCCUGUCCCACUUUCACGACCUAAUUCACAACCUUUUUUACUCGUGGACAUUUUUCAUCAUGUUAAAAAUAUGCCCCGACCUACUUGAUGCCACGAGUACCUACGACUAGCAUCACAACCUGCUACGACCUACCUACGACCUCCUACGACCUUGUGACGACCAUGCUGUGAGUAUGAGUCAAGGGCAAACUCAGCAGAGGUCGUGAAAGUGGGACAAGCCCUUAACUCAGCAGGACAGGCAGCAUCUCUGGAGAGAAGGAAUGGGUGACGUUUUGGGUCGAGAGACUCUUUGCCAGUCUCUUCAUUUCUGGGGCAAGAUCAGGUGGAUGCCAGUCAUGGGACCAAUUGCAACCCUUAACAAUGGGUGGAGGUCCUGCAAGACUGAAAAUUGGAUUAAGACCAGCAAUUCCGAAGGCUGGAGAUGUCAACAGCAUUAGUGUGGGGAGAAGGAUGGAUGAGGAUAGAAUUUGAGAGCAUUCCUUUGGCAUUUGGUUCAAAGGGUUUGGAGAUCAGAAGAACAGAGUGCCAAAAAAGAAUGGAAGAGCCAGGCUGUAGAUCACGUAGAAACAUAGAAACAUAGAAAAUAGGUGCAGGAGGAGACCAUUCGGCCCUUCGAGCCAGCACCGCCAUUCAUUGUGAUCAUGGCUGAUCGUUCCCUAUCAAUAACACGUACCUGCCUUCUCCCCAUAUCCCUUGACUUCACUAGCCCCUAGAGCUCUAUCUAACUCUCUCUUAAAUCCAUCCAGUGACUUGGCCUCCAUUGCCCUCUGUGGCAGGGAAUUCCAUAAAUUCACAACUCUCUGGGUGAAAAAGGUUUUUCUCACCUCAGUUUUAACUGACCUCCCCUUUAUUCUAAGACAUGUAGGUAAGAUGGUUACUGAAAUUAGUUGGAGGUGGGACCUUGGAGGAUUGGUGGAGUCAGGAGAUUGGGUUGCCUGAAAGGAAGAAGAUAAAUAUUUCACCAACAUCGCAGCCAUCCCAAUCUUGUCUUCCACGAGGUAGACCUUGUCAUCCCACGCGUGCCACAGAUGACUACCCCCAGAACAACUGUGUACAAAUUCCUCUUAUGCUGCAUGGCAUCAGCAGGUCACAUUAAGACAUGACUUACGAUGCAGAGAUCACAUUGGCCGCGGAGGGGAAGUUGAUGCCUGGUGCAAAAACAUUUCUGGCUGAACUGCUGGGUAGCACAGUGGCACAGCGGUAGAAUUGCUGCCUUACAGAGACCCGGGUUCGAUCCUGGCUACGACUGCUUGUCUGUACGGAGUUUGUACGUUCUCCCUGUGACUUGCGAGGGUUUUCUCCAAGAACUUUGUUUUCCCACCACUCCAAAGACCUACAGGUUUGUAGAUUAAUUAGCUUGGUAUAAACGUAAACAUUGUCCCUAGAGUAGGAUAGGGUUAAUGGGCGUGGAUUGGUGGUUGAGUCGGACUCGGUGGGCCUGUUUCCUUGCUGUAUCUCUCAACUAAACUUCCAAUAUCAUAUUAAUUAAUCCAUUAAAUGGUCAUCAUUUUGUUUCACUCGAGAAAUUGAUCUUCAGCUACAUAAUACUAAAUACAAAACCACAUUACACAAUUCAGAUUAUUGCCAUGUAUUUUUAUUAGUAAAUUUUCUGUAUUCUGCUAUAAUUCCAAAAUUAUAUUUGAGUAAUAAAUGAUUAUCUGCAUUACAAGAGUCGAGAGAGUCAAAAGUGUUUUAUUGUCACAUGU